ACCGACCCUGAAGAAAAGAGACGCGUGUUUACGGUGGCAAGGGUGGAUGUUAUAUGGGACGCGUACCUCGGCCAGCUAGAGAAACGGAUUCGCGGAUUCAUCGCCGGCUACUGCGUCGUGCGUCAACACUUCUUGGAAUGUGACGGGCGACUCCCGGCGUGGGAAAUAUCGUAGAAAAGGGGACGUCAUCGACUGCUGAGCGGCAAGAGACGAAAAAUCAGCUGGUAUGUCAAAUAAUCAGCUGGUUGACUCCUGUCUGCUGGUGAAUCGUCGGCUCGAGCGGAGACAGGAGCACAGCAUUACGCGCACCGAGAUCACGCAGAGGUGACUAACAUGACCUAAUCACGAGACGCGUCCUCCAGGAAAAAGGUCCCGACAUGCCGCAAUACACCGGACAGAGUGAUGCAGAUUACCACGGAAGUAACGGUCAGGCGGACACCCACUCGUUGCAUUCGUCUCAUUUGUCUGUCCAAGAGGAUCCGUUACUCAUCCGGUCUCAUAAGCAGCAAACUACUCAACAAGUGACAAGCGUGUCGAAAGUGGUGCGCGAGGUAACACACAUGGAGCCGGACCCAGGUGCAGUGAGCUACAUGUCAGUGCCAUUGAUGUCUCAGGACUACCAGCACGCGGAUCCCCGGUACACGGCGGACGCGUACAUGGUUGGUUUCGAUCAUUACGAGCCGUACCUUGGCUAUCCACCGCAGCCAGGCUAUCCAGGAUCUCAUGGCAUCUACAUGCCGCGCUCGCACUCUCCUCAUAGUCCUCAUAGUCCUUCGGAGCACAGUCGUGCCUCGCCCUCGCACGAAUACAUGCGUAAAGCGGCGCCGUACGUAGAAGGCGGUUACAACGACAUCGAUCCUGGUCUGAAUCCCGCUUUGCAAGAUCAUUAUCGUAUUACUCCUAGUCCUGGUGGUCCCGGAGAUCAAUAUGAUCAAAUCAGCAACUCUUGGAAUAUGGAUGACUCCGGCGAACCCUCGCAACAUCCUCAUGAUGAGAGUAAAGUGCCCUACGGUUACGUGUCUCCGUCCCCCUAUGGACCUGUCGGGUACGGCCCUGGCGUCGGGGUAGGUCCAGUGGCAGUUCCUAGCGACGUACCUGGCUACGACGAAGGCCAUCCGGUGCCUCUGUCCUCGGGAGUUCCGCCCGGAAUGUUCGAGGACGAGGUUCAUCUCCAGCGGUUGCAGUCCCGGCAUCCGGUCGUGCCUGGAAUGGCCAGCCCGUUGGACGACGAUCAGAAGUCGAUGAGAUGGCGAGACCCGAACCUGUCCGAGGUGAUCGGGUUCCUAAGCAAUCCGAACAACAUUAUCAAGGCGAACGCGGCGGCGUAUCUGCAGCACCUGUGCUACAUGGACGACCCCAACAAGCAGAAAACGCGAAGCCUGGGCGGUAUACCGCCGUUGGUGCAGUUGCUGGAUCACGAUAACCCGGACGUGUACAGAAACGCCUGCGGGGCGUUGAGAAACUUGUCGUACGGCAGACAGAACGACGAGAACAAGAGGGCCAUCAAAAACGCCGGAGGAGUCCCAGCAUUGAUCAAUUUAUUGCGCAGGACGUCCGACGCGGAUGUCAAGGAAUUGGUCACCGGGGUGCUAUGGAAUCUAUCUUCCUGCGAGGAUCUGAAGAAGUCCAUCAUCGACGACGGCGUGACGAUGGUGGUGAACAAUAUAAUCAUACCACACAGCGGCUGGGAUCCGAGUUCAUCGAGCGGCGAGACUUGCUGGUCGACCGUUUUCAGAAACGCGUCCGGUGUCCUGAGAAACGUGUCCAGUGCCGGGGAAUACGCGAGGAAAAAGUUACGCGAGUGCGAGGGACUGGUGGACGCGUUACUGUACGUGGUACGGUCGGCCAUCGAAAAGUCAAAUAUCGGCAAUAAAAUAGUGGAGAAUUGCGUCUGCAUCCUAAGAAAUCUGAGCUAUCGGUGUCAAGAGGUCGAAGACCCGAAUUACGACAAGCAUCCUAUCCAAUCGACGGUACAGAACAGGGUGGCAGCACCGGCCAAAGGUGAGAAUUUGGGUUGCUUUGGCGGCAGUAAGAAGAAAAAGGACGGUCAACCGGUGCAGAAGGAAACAACAGCGUCUCGUACAACCAGUCCCAGAACGGAACCAGUCAGAGGCAUGGAGCUGCUCUGGCAACCGGAGGUGGUCCAAUCAUAUCUGAAACUUUUGCAGACUUGCUCAAACCCGGAAACGUUAGAGGCGGCUGCUGGAGCUCUCCAGAAUCUAGCAGCCUGCUACUGGCAACCUAGCAUUGAAAUUCGUGCAGCUGUGAGAAAGGAGAAGGGACUUCCAAUUUUGGUGGAGUUGCUGCGAAUGGAGGUGGAUCGUGUGGUUUGCGCUGUGGCAACAGCGCUCAGAAACCUCGCAAUAGACCAACGCAAUAAGGAGCUGAUAGGGAAGUAUGCGAUGCGCGAUCUCAUUCAAAAGUUACCUUCAGGCAAUAACCAACACGACCAGGGGACCAGCGACGACACGAUUGCUGCGGUUCUGGCCACUUUGAACGAGGUUAUCAAAAAGAACGCCGAGUUCUCACGAUCGUUGCUGGACGCAGGCGGCGUCGACAGACUAAUGAACAUAACCAGGCAACGCCAGAAGUACACGCCUCGUGUUCUUAAAUUCGCAGGACAAGUUUUAUUCACAAUGUGGCAGCAUCAAGAAUUGAGAGACGUUUACAAGAAACAUGGAUGGAAGGAGCAAGAUUUCGUCACGAAAACGGUGGCAGCACGAAACUCAGGGCCUAAUUCACCCAAUAAUGCAAAUAGCACUUUGAACCGGCCGAUGGCGAGUCAAGGAAGCACCAGAUACGAGGACCGAACGAUUCAGAGAGCGAAUAUGAAUUCUAAUAACGUUGGUCGACCCACUAUAUAUCAGUCUCAACCGAAACCCGGUGAGCCGCUCUACGCGCAAGUUAACUUGGAGAAGAAAAAGAAGCGGCAGUAUGAGCUGGGGGUGGGCCAGGGUCAGGGUCAGGGCCCGGUCGGCCCAGGAGUCGGCGUCGCGCCGACUGGUGGCCAAUGGGCGGCCGAUGGCGUCGGCGUCGGCGUCGGCGUCGGUGUCGGCGUCCCGGAUGGUACCGCGUCGACGGCGACGGUGAACGUGCCACCGAAUUCGACCGCGGCCUCCGCCGGGGACUCCUGGGUAUAACAGGGUCUGGCGCUAUUGCCUGGAGCCCAGGGAACUGGAGUUAGCCUUCCCCCGAGCCUCUACACCUAGAAAUCGCUACCAACCAAGGUCCGCCGUCCACCCAACGAUUGCUGGGUGUCGCGUUGACGAGAGGAUUUAUAGGUGGAGCAGAACGAGGAGCUGACCGACGGUUCUUUCUUGCCGACUUCGCGGACGGUGACACCCUCUCCGACACGCUAGACGGGGCAUCAUCGAUUCGACAAGCGAGACGGACCGGAAUUCUUUCUCUUCGGUUUGUUUUUUUUUUUUUGUUUCAUUUCUGUACGCUGCGGGCGAACGGUCCACGUUGUUAGAAGAGUAUAUAUGUAUAAGUUAGGAUCGAAUGCUGCUCGCCUGGAGUCGAGCUACGCGUACGGAUGUACAGAGCCGCUGAACAGAGGGAAAAGGAAGACUGAGAACUGAAGGGUAUAGAGAUGUUAGAUGAGACUCGAAGCUUCUGAAAACGCGCGCGCUCGUCGUCUUUACGGAAUUAUGGUUUGAUUCCCAAGGACGGUGAUUUUCGAAUACAAGUUGCACCCCGCACACCCCGGCCACCAUUCUCUUCGCGUAAAGCAGGCGGUAGGGAAAUUGUCCGACCACAUCCGCAGCAGUAGUCGCACUAAUGGCUCUAAACCUUCGUUGCACAAUUCUAAAUUAUAUAUACGUCUGAGUGUAUAUUUUAAGACGGUACGCGCGAUGAGACGCGAGUAUCGACGACCGUAAAAAAGUACUAUUAAGGAUAAGUAGACGGUAUUAUUAUUAUUAUUAUUAUUACAAUACACAGAAAAUGGCACCCGUUGCCAUUAUAAAUACGGAAGGGUAUAAAUGCGUAAAUAUAUAUGUAUAUUAUAUAGAUAUGUUACACACCGCAAAACGCACGCGUUAGGCUUACCGAUUGCUGCGUUUAUCGUAUUACGUAAAACUUCCGAGGCUGUGGGUGUGGCAUACACGAGGAUGCUGAAAUAUUUCCAAGCUACACUUUGUUUUACUUUUCUUUUCCGGUCUCCGGGCCGGUCGAGGACAGUGCAAGAAAGAUAUAUAUAUACAUAUAUAUAUAUAUAUAUAUAUAUAUAUAUACUGUGUAUGCAUCCGAUCCGCGCGAGUGUGAUUUUUUUCGUCUGCCUACGUAAAAACAAACAAACAAUACUGUCCAUUCGCGACAGUGGCGGACACGAGAAUACCCAUUGUCGAGAGCCACGCGUGUUCUCCAGCGAACGCGAUCGAAUACAGAAGAGAGAAAUCGAAGGUUCCCCGAGAUUCUCACUGUUGUGUUUCUCUUCGCGUUCUAGAGUAUUAUCACGAGACGAAAUCGAUAUAGAGAGAGAAUGACGAAGUAUGUGAUGUUUUCAAUGUUAUCGAAUGUUUGACAGAGAUGACAUUAUUGAUAGUCGAUAUACAUAUUAUAUAUAUAUAUAUAUAUACAUAUAUAUUAUAUAUAUACAAAUGAAUAUAUCCUUGUUCUAUUUCUUAAAUAAUAUUAUUACGACAGUUGAAUCGAGUGUGUUCGCGAAUGAUUUAACCGGGAGAAAGUAUAAACACCAAUUGUGGAUCGAAACGCGCUCAGAGAUACCACACGUGCGUUUCUACUUGUAAAAUUCAGAAUUAUAUACAUAUUAUAUAUAUAUAUAUAUUAACGAAUACGCCGCACGGUUGCGAUCGGCGACGCAAUCGAUCUCGUCGAUCGUUUCACGCGACCCGGUCCAAUGAUCUGUUCAUUCGCGUAGCUGUCCGCACCAGCAUUCUGUAUAUAUUCAUCCUCGAGACGAUCGAAUCCACCCUUUCAUUUGUCGUACGAGCGACGAGAUCGACGCAGGCUCGCCAAUGUUGUGACAAAGAAAAUGGAAGUCGUUGUUACUUUACCAGGUAUCGAUCGCAGAUCGAACCUUACCGAAAGGAGUCGAGCGCAAGACUUCGCACGAUUGUUUCUGUUGCAACAAACGACCGACGAAAAAGGAUGCUGCAAUAGUAUAAAUACAGGUCACAAUAUCGAUCAAUGAGAAAUAGCGUUCGUCAAGCGUCUGUACACUCUACUGAGAAAAUUAAUAAUCAAUUACGAUCGAUAUCGCGGCCCUGUAGAUUGCUAUUACGGUACUGUCGUGGCAAUACCUGCUGCAACUCUGUUGCAAGACUUCCAGCAGAAGCGACCGUGCGUUAUGAGGAUUGCAGAACCGAUAACGGGCCACCAUUUUACGCCUCUCCGCGAAUCGAGAGGCACUCUACGAGCUUACCGUUCGGACUGUUAGCAGAUCUCUUGCGCUCGUGAUAUAGCGUGAUAAUAGAGUGCCAUGUGCGACGCGAUAGUGGCACGAACCUCCUAGAGGACCUUGGACCAUUCCGCUCACAGUGACACGCACGGCUCCGCGAUCUCCGUGUUCCUCUCAACUCGUACUUCAAACUCGUCUUUAGAAUCUAAUUCACUCUCAAUUUGGUGUAUAAAAACGAUGCCUUUCUCAAAGGGUUAAACGUCGAAUCUUUUUCAUAGUUUUUAAGUAAUAUCGUUUAAUUCGAAAUCGUCGAACAGGAAAAAUACACGCCUGGUUCUGACGUUCAUCGAGCCUGAAACACGAGUUGCGAGAAUGACGAAGAACAUAUCGCGAUCACGAUUAUAUUUCGACGAUCGAGAUGUUUCUUGAUAGAAAGAGGGACAACGCUAGCGUAUCGAUCGACUGCGUUUUAUCGUGGGAUCAGCAGGAGCGUUUGAAUCUAUUUCUGGAUCGUUGAAAGAUCGUUGGAGCCGCCACGAUCGACACGAACGAAUCGAGAUUUUGAUAUCCGCUUUUUAUCGUUUGUGCGUACCGGCGUUUCUAAUUUUCUACGAACUUCAACGAGAAACGAGAGGUGCAGCGAGGAGGACGCGGCGAAGGAUUUUGUAAAAUCAUGUUGUCGAGAGAAACGCGUUAAUAGUAAAGGGUUGUAGGACGAUCGAAGGCUAAUCAGCUGGAAUGAAAUUCAUAUCUAAUUAAUACGGGACUUUUUCCUUGAACUUGAAUAUUUUACGAUGCGGAUUAGUUUUACUCCGUAUCGGGUUUCUGAAAUUCUUUUAAAGAACUUUUUUUAGGAACUCAAGGUCGAUUAAGCGACAAAAUUUUUCGUAUAUUUUUUAAACUUUUCCAACCUCGUAUGAGUAAGAAAUUCGAUAAAUACACUGGGUUAGGUCUGGAUUAGGUUUGUAAGUAUAGAGAAUAUUGGUGUAUCGAUCGACAGCCCUACACGAUAAGCCUCCUAAUUUUCUGACGGAACAUCGACCAAAUAUCAAAGGAAUAAAGGAAGAUCGUGCGAUUUUUCGUUCGGUGGUAUGUGCAAUAAUAUAUCCAUCUAAAAUCCUGAACACGAGAAUGUUCAAUUACGAUUCUCGCGAACGAACCCACGCGUCGCGUCAGCCAGGUUUUUUAAAACGGUGUCGUGUUUUACUAACGAUUUUUACGCUGUUUUUUUACACGUUUCUCGCCGGCCUAACGAGCUGUCGCCACGAGCGGCGAACAACGAUCGCCGUUGCUUUAUCGCGAAAAGGGCGCGAGAAUGAAACUCGAUGUUUUCGACAAUUUGUACUUGGAUCAAUGAAGAUACCGCCUUAUUUUACAACAGAUAAUUCGGUGAAAUAUUCUGACAGCAUCGUGGAGCGAUGCGAAGGACGAUAGAAAUUUAAUACGUCAACGGUCAACGAGCCCUUAGUUCAAAACGCUUCUAUUUCCAUACUUUGUACUCUUCGAUCAUCGAAUUUAAGUUCUUCCCAAAGGUCUAGGAUGAUUUUCGUUCGCGAAAAAGCGGUCAAAAUUCCGAAGCAAUUAGUAUGCAGAGGCCGAGUUUGAUUCCCGCCCUUCCGACCGGAUAUCCCGGACUCACCCAUCACCGUCAAAUCGAUCAUCGUCACCGACAAACUCGAGAAGACUGAUAUAGCGUUAAAACCGAGUGACUCCAUCGGAACACUCCAUCAUCCGAACUCCGAGAGCGAAACGAACGGGAAUCGUCGAGCGGAAGAGGAUCAGGAAACACAAAAUCGAGGAAGAUAGCGAGAGUGGACAAGCAACCCGUGAAAGUAAUACCCAUUAAUAAAAAAAAAAAAAUAAA